AUGGGCGAGUAUGACUAUCAUGGGGUCAGAGUGCCACUCAGUUUCGAAAACUUGAUUCCCCGAACUCAACUAUUCGAGCUGAUCAUCCAACAACACCCAGAAUACAACGCGCAGCAGGCGGAUAAUGAGAUUGCUCGUGUCUACGAUGUCUACUUAGACCGACUGUUCGCCCAGAUGUUUCCUCGUAAUGCGCCAUCUCGCGCACACACAGAGAGCGUAGCAAGGUGGGUUGCUGAUCGUCAUCACGGCCAGAUCCUUUCGCCAAACACUGCCGUGGAGAGAGCAGCAGCAAGAUAUGCCCUCUUGUUGCAGAAUGCAGACAUGGCUGUCGUCGACGGCACCCAAAGCGUUGCGGCCACCGAGCUAUCUUGGGGGAGCGACGACGACACCGAGGGUGAAGCCGUCGACUCCGAUGGACAGACACUGCAGCGCACCCUGUACCACAUAGCUGAGGAUCGUGCUCGCCAAGAAGGCGUCGUCCAUCGAGGCAUCACUUGCAACGGCUGCGAUGAGAAGCCCAUUCGUGGCAUCAGAUGGCAUUGUGCGAAUUGCGCUGACUUUGAUCUUUGCUCGAAUUGCGAAGCAACCAACUCCCAUAUCAAGACUCACAUAUUCUACAAGAUCCGUGUGCCUGCGCCAUACCUUGGUAUUGCAAAGCAGGAGCCCUUGUAUCCUGGCAAGCCACAAGCCAUGACAUCCUCUGUUCAAGCAACGCUCAAAAAGCGCCUCGUUGCAGAGACAAAGAUGGAGGCGGAGGAGAUCGACGCGCUCUGGGAGCAAUUUACUUGUCUUGCCGGAACAGAGUGGCGUGCCGAUCCCAACAACAUCGGCUGGGCUCUGGACAGGAGAGCCUUCAAUCAUGCCUUCGUUCCUCGCUACAAGUCUUUCGUCGCGGCACCAAAUUUAAUCUAUGAUCGUAUCUUUGCGUAUUACGAUUCGGACAAGAACAGCUUAAUUGGGUUCGAAGAGUGGAUCAAGGGCAUCGAUGGUAUGCAUGCGACAGAUGGACAAGUGAAAAGCAGAAUCGUCUUCAAUGGGUACGACAUCGAUGGAGAUGGGUACAUUUCCCGGAAGGAUAUCUUGAGGAUUUUCCGAGCCUAUUACGCUAUUGAGCAGGAGGCCACGCGCGACUAUGUUGCAGAGAUUACGGAAGAGCUCUCGGUCCGCAAUGCUCUAGACACGAUCCGCUCCGGUCAGCCUCUUGGUUCUGCGUUCAUGCCUCAUGGAAUGAACGUCAACGAUAGCGUGAACCCCCGCUUGGGAGAAAAAGGACAACAUGAUUUCGCGACCACGGAACCAGUGCUCCAGGAAAAUUAUGCAGAUACUGCAGCGCGGGAUGUGAUGCUGGCCGCUGCCGAUACACGUAACUUGGCACACGGAGGCUCCCCUCAAGAUGACCACAGUCGUGUUGUGACAGAUCGGUGGGCACGCAGGCAAUUCUAUAUCGACGAAGAAGAAGGACUCGUUCGACCAGAAGGUGCAGAGAACGAGUUGACAACAGAAGAGGAUGAUGCGGACCCUAACGUACCAAACGACGAUCAUGAAGAUGCCUCGACCCAACCGAGUGCGCGGCCAAGGUGGUCCAGGUCAUCGUCAAGAGUACGAUUCCAGGACGAUCUCGAUAUGGAGACUCGAUCAAACGCCUCGACGUCAUCACGGCCAGUUGGGGAGCGAUGGGGCGGCUAUGAAAUUCCAGAACCUGAAAAGGAUCUUGGAAAAGAGGUUCUAUAUCAAAUCACUCAACAAGGAUUCAACGAGCUCCUAGAUCCGAUUUUCGAAGAAAGCGAGAACAAUGCCAUGGACGCUUUUGCAACUCGCAGCGAGCGCCGCAAAUGUACUACCCAUCUCGAGAGCGCUACCGAAUGUUUUAGAACUCAGGAGCUCGGCCACCAUCGUGCGAUAUGCAAAAUUGGCAUCUUCCGGUACUCAAAGUGUAUUGUAGACAUGUUCUGCAACGCGCUCAAUAAAGGAUCCAAUUUUGAGAACUUAAGAGCGAUUUUCAAGGAUGAGCAUUGCAAUGAUGUUGAUCACGAGACAGCCAAAUUCAGGCUCACGGUGAUUUAUGGUUCGAUAGAAGACUUGUUUCUCAGUACCAUCGAUGUGCCUGACGAAUGGACUGUCGAUGAUAUGGCCUUGUGGAAUACAUGGCUUUGUAGGAACCAACUUCGAAACGAAGUACUAGCUUCGACUCUCGAUUGUGCAUCGCAGCUUGGAUGGAUACCAUAUGCAAGACCAGAGAAAGUAUCCGCACAUCCAGCUACACUUCUUGGUUAUCCAUACCGAGAUCCUACCAUGCCCCAAUUCCGUCCUAACUCCAUGGCCGACGCCAACCCGAACGAGUACUUGAGCACAAACUUUAUGCCUUCCAUGCUCAGUCCUGAGGCCAUUGGCUCGAUUCUCGCCGAUGAUCGCAUGACUUCGAACCCCUCCGGCCCAUUCUUUGUCGGUACAUUGCCUAAGAUCGAUGAGUCAGAUCCAGAAUUAUUAGAACAAGCUACGCAGGAGGUGCUCGCAGCGACAUCCGCAGUGAACAACCUCAAGGUCCGAGACGCUUCCUCUGAAUCUGUUCAAGAUCACCUCGACGAACGGCAGAACAUUCCACACUGGUCGAACUACACGGAUAACCCAAUGAUCCACAUUCUUCACGUGGAUUCGUCGGACGAUUCCGAGCAACUGCGGUCCUCGACUAAGCCCGUCAUUCACACGUCCAACCCUUUCUAUCCUGAGACCGAUCAGUUGAAAUCGCUAUACCGACGGGUCCGUGAGCUCGCUAUGGACCCUGACUCGAUUUCACAUAACAUUCUACUCGCUAGCUUGGAGGCUGUACAGCAGCAGAUUCAUGAGCGAAAGGGUAGUGGCCUCAUCAACUUUGAGGAGUUCGACCGGCAUAUGCAAGAAGGUAGACUGCGAUUUCUGGAGUCAUGGAUGGAGUGGGUUAGUAUCUGA